CGCGCGGCGGCAGCAGCCAUCGAUUGGAAAGUAAGCGGAGUGUUAUAAAGGCAACAACACUCGUUUAUGCAGUUGGCUUUCAGUCGUAAGGCGCGUAACACGUGCAUGCGAUCUCUCACGGCAUCCCUUCCCGUUUAGCUUCUUCGUACUUGCGUUUUAGUUUAAGCAAUUUGACGACCAUUUCACCAAUUCUGUGAUACAAUUGCACUUGAUAGAAACAAUGGCGAAGGAUCUUGAAGAUUGUUCAGUGAGGAUUCCGCUGCAACCUAAAAAAGAUGUUAUUGUCGUGGCAAAUGAACCGAGACCGCCUCCGUAUCAGGUUGAUGUGAAAUUCACGGAUUUGUGCUAUUCAGUGCCGGAUCGUAAAGGAAAAUGGAAAGAAAUCUUGAAAGACGUGAGCGGCGAAUUUCGCUCCGGACACCUCGCAGCAAUCCUCGGGCCAUCGGGCGCCGGUAAAACCACAUUACUGAAUCUUCUCGCACGUCGCGGCAUACGCCAAGGAAAAAGCUCGCUGAAAGGUAGUCUCCGAUGGAACGGUGCGAGUUGCUCGGAGCAUCCGGACCUUUUUCGAAGAUUCCGGGCUUGCUACAUUCCACAGGAGUUUGCUCUCAUGCCAUUACUCACCGUCAAGGAAACCAUCUGCAUCGCGGCCAGACUGAAGUUGCCUGGCAACACUCACAAUGCCAAGGCUAGAGAAUGCAUUGUCCAAGACGUUGCCAAGCGGUUGGGUAUACUCGACUGUAUGGACACUUUAACGAGCCGCCUCAGCGGCGGUGAGAAGAAGCGACUAUCGAUUGCCGUGGAGAUGAUCACAAGCCCCUCGGUGAUGCUUCUCGACGAACCAACUAGUGGCCUUGACAGCACUUCGUCCAAUCAGGUAAUCAACCUUUUAUAUUCAAUGGCACAAUCCGGCUGCACAGUCGUAUGCGCGGUACAUCAACCGAGUAGUCAAAUGACUUUUCAUUUCGACGACAUGCUGAUAAUGAGUCAAGGCAAAUGCCGAUACUGUGGUCCACGCGAGCGUAUUCUCGAAUUUUUCAAAGACGCCGGUUAUGCGUGUCCGCCGUUCUACAAUCUUGCAGAAUUUGUACUCGAAGUUGUGACAGGUCAACGAGGUGGAAAUUAUGAACAAUUAUGUAACAAAGAUUCUGUGGAGAAUAAAAGUAUCGAUGAUUUAAAAUAUUGUUCAGUGCCAAGUACGGAUAGCACAAGUUUUACACAAAGCUUUACAAAACGAUAUGCCAUAUCGCAGUUUGAACAGAUGAGGAUUUUACUUUACAGAGCUUUUAUCUGUAUCUUUCGUGACGCCACGUUGACUUACUUGAGGCUUGCUGCACACUUGGUCGUUGCUGUUCUUCUUGGGAUAGUAUUUUAUGAUUUCGGCAAAGACGCCAAAACAGUGCAAAGCAACAUUGCAUGCUGCUUUUUUUUUGCUGUUUUUUUGUUCUUCGCAAAUUCUAUGCCCGCUGUCCAGAUGUUUCCAGUUGAAGCUACAGUUUUCCUGCAAGAGAACAAAAACAAUUGGUAUUCACUCGAGUCGUAUUAUAUUACGAAAGUGCUGUCUGAUCUACCACUGCAGAUAAUCUGCCCGACUGGUUUUCUCGCGAUAGGCUACUACUUGACGGGUCAACCAAUCGAAGUGGCUAGAUUCUUUCAAGUUUGGAUUAUUUGCACACUGUUUACGAUACUUGCACAGUCGUUUGGUAUCACCACUGGUGCGUCGUUCGAUACCCACACCGGAACAUUCCUGGUACCAGCAUUUAACAUUCCUAUGCUCCUCUUCGCAGGCUUUUUCAUCAAACUUGAAGAAAUUCCGUAUUUUUUACGAUUCUUCAGUGGUAUCAGUUAUUUCCGGUACGCCUUUGAGGGUAUUCUGCAAGCUAUAUACAUCGGUCGACCCAAAUUCCCUUGCAGCGCAGACUUCUGCUACCUUCGCGAUUGCGAUCGAAUUUUGGGUGAACUUGAUAUGCCUUCAGUCGCAUUUUCUACAGCUGCAAUUGCACUUGCCACGUGGAUUGCAAUUUUACAUGCAAUUACUUACGGUACACUGCGCUACAAAUUAUACCUCGCAGAAAGAUAAGGAAAUUGCGUUUUCAUCGCCUACAAUUAAUAAUCACGAACGGAUAUACUCUUGAAGAAAUUAGUAGUACAAUGAAACAAAUCAAAUUUUCAUUCCAUUGAAAUACUAGUCGAGAGAAUUGAAAGCUGACCGAUAAUCUACUAUCUAAUUUGUUGAAUCUGAAUUUUCCGAAUGUGAUCAAAAUCAAGUACUUGCCAUUUUUUAAAUAUACUUGUUAACAUUCCGCAUUAAAGCAAAACCUUUUUUAAGAGUACUGUUAUAUUAUCUUUAGUACAAAUACUAUUAAUCUUCUUGGUGUCUUACCGAAUGCAUAAUAGUACAGCUAUGACAGCAGAUAUAAAAUUAUUCUUCCACUUCAGAAAAUGAAGAGAUUCUAUAUUCGAUAUAUUUUUUUGUGCGCAUAUCCGUGGAACUGUGCAAUCAAUUUCGAUGUGGGUGGGCUCAUUUAAACGGCUAGUCAUAGAGAGAUGGUUUCGUUUUGUUAUGAAUUUAUAGAAGCAUAACUUUGCGAGUAAUUGUAAACAGAUGAAAAUAAAGGUGGUUUUUAUUUACAUAUGACACGUAGAUACAGCAAUUAAAAUUUUUGCUGCAGAGGGGCCUUUCAGAUUAUUGUUAAUAUAUAUUUUUCAAUAUUUUAUUUAACUUUUAUGCCAUUAUAAUGCGAGAUUUGUAUAUUGAAUGCAUAUUUUAUCAAUUGAACACGAUGAAUAAGGACAUUCGUAGCCAUAAUAAAGUUUGAGGUGUGUGUGUGUGUGUGUGUGUGCAUGUGUAUGUGCAUACAUGUAUAUUGGAAAAAUUAGUUGAAGGGAUUGAUUAUUUAACAAUAUUAGUUAGCAUUGUAAUUUUUCUAGACUAAAUUUAUUGUUUAUUAGAAAAUAGGACAUUCAUAAAAAUUACAAACUACAAG